CUGACUAAAACAACUCCAAAAACCUUAUUUUGCCUUAUAUAGACAACAGGAAUUUAUGAAUGGGAGCAGGAUUGAGCUUCUACUACACAAGACAUGCCUCCAUAUGGCCAGCUUACCCGGUUGUACACAGACCAUACAGUGGAGGAAUUUUUGCCUUAUAUGGACAACAGGAAUUUAUGAAUGGGGAGCAGGUUUGAGCUUCUACUACAUGAGAGACAUGCCUCCAAAUGGCCAGCUAACCCAGUUGUACACAAACCAUACAGUGGAGGAAUUUUUGCCUUAUACGGACAACAGGAAUUUAUGAAUGGGGAGCAGGUUUGAGCUUCUACUACAUGAUAGACAUGCCUCCAAAUAGCCAGCUAACCCGGUUGUACACAAACCAUACAGUGGAGAAAUUUUUGGUGGGAAUUUCUGUGCAAUAACUUAAAUAAACAAUUCCCACAGCCUGAGUUUGCCUUAUAUGGACAACCGAAAUGUAUGAAUGGGAGCAGGUUUGAGCUUCUACUACACCAGAGACACACCUCCAUCUGGCCUGCUGACCCAUUUGUACACAAACUCAUAAUACAGUGGAGAAAUUUGCCUUAUAUGGACCACAGGAACUUAUGAAUGGAAAACGUAUUUUUGCCUCUACUACACACAUUAUAACAAACAAAAAAACACAGAGGGUGGAUAAAAGCUCAGUAAAUUAUCUUGUAUAACUGCCACACAAGAUGUCUACCGGACAAUUGACACAACGUGGUUUCAAAAAGGGGCUGACCCCGCCUACUAUCACUCUGGCAACGCCCCCUAUCUUCGAACCAACUCGUACCAAUUCCAACUUGUCGUGGACAGGGAACGUGUCCGUUACACUUGGCACGUUUCCAAGCCCGGUUCCCAAUGUGUUUCCUUCAUUCGAUCGCGUCGCUACGCCCAAAGUGUCGCAGACCAAGGACGAAGUACGAGAGAUCGGUGUGCUGAUUGAAAAAGGGCGUGUCGUUCCCGCCAGUUACCGGCGGACAUUGGUUGCUCAGGAAGGUGGCAGCGAUGAUUGGGUCCCGUUUUGUAUCACGAUUGUUUGUGUAGAUGGACUUAGCCAGGGUUACGUUAAUGAGGAAGAAGAGAUUAAAGUUGAGCAUGAAGUCAGACUACAUCUUUAUGAUGUGACGUACAAGGUGUUCUUUGGCCGUUCAUGGGUUGGACCACGACAGAGUGUGAUAAAAGGCCCCACGAACACUGCCAGGCUUCCAUAUAAUGUGCCUGUGUAUUUCCAUACAUCGUUGGCGGAUCCCAACAUAGUCGUAGUGGUUGAAGUCAUACGAGUGACCACUUCAAGGAAUGGUCAAGUACAGUGCAUGUCCAGCGGAUGGGGUAUCCUAAGACUGUUUCAUCAAGGAGACUUCAGCGAUACGUCAUCGAGUACCCCAGCUCCAGUCAAGAGACUAGAUCUACUUCAUGGUUCCCCUAGAGCUCUCUUAUUCCUGGGAAAUGAAAUCGAAGGGAACAAGAAGCUGACAGCGAUAUCAGACUGCCAGCUUUGCUACACGAUACGCACCCAUCGUUACAUGGAUAAGAUCAUGCAUCUCGUUCCUGAGAAUGUCCUACUGUCUGGCAACGACAAGAUCCCUGGCGUAACGGUGGUGGACCCAAAAGAUGGUGGAGACAGUCUACGCAGACCUAGGCCUUUGAAGCGACUCUCUGCGGCUCUCGACAAGAUAUCCAUCCUAGUCUACCCAACUUUAGAUGAAUUUGAAGAAGAAUUGUGCAAGCAUCUCAAUCUGGACCGCCUUGCUUUGGAGCAAGCUCAGUCCGACAAAGGCAGCGUAGCGGUGUUGGAGCGAAGGCUGCAGAUUGGCGUUCACAACGGAUGGGGUUACGUCGGAAAGCCACAGAUCGUCUUACUGGACGCGCCGGACACGUUAGCCCGAGGACACAACAGAGGAAGCAAGAAGCGGACGAAAGGAACUUCAAUUUCUGCGCCAGAAUCGAGAGAAAGUCUAGGAGCGGCGUUGUUGGUCAAAAGCAAGAUCACCCUGUCUCAUCUGGUGGAGGAUCCGGCCGUCGCAGUGGUGUUUCUACUGGAGUACAUCAUCUCCUUGCCGGCAUCUACGCAAGACAGAAAGUUAGCCGUGAGCAUAAACAGGGCGCAAACCCAAACGAUCGGUCUGCGUUGGGCCGCAUGGACACCGACCUACAAGGAGAGAACGAGUGAAGUAUCGAUACAACUGCAAGGCGGAGCCAUACCGAACCCUGAUAACAUCAUGGUCUACAAGAAUCAAAGCGCUGAACUCAGCGAGAAGGGGAUGUCGAGGUUAGCGGCGGGUAAAAUCACAUUCAACUUCAACAUCAAGAGAGACAGUGAUUCAAAGCCAAUUUCUCCUCAGCCAUCGCUACCACCGGAUACCCCAGGUCGUCAUCCCUCUGUUGCAUCUCUUCGAUCACAUACAACAGCAACAGACCAGGCAUCUAUCGCAGAUGAUAUGCAGCCUACCCUAACAAGCAGACCACCAUUGCCUAGAAGUCCACGAAUUCAUGAAAGUGGUUUUCCAUCUCAACCCAUGAGCCUUCAACGGCCAUACCCUGCUAUGAACCAACUCAACACCAACCAGUCCGCAGGACCUCAACACGUCAGUAUUCAGCAGCAAUAUCCCACGACAUUGCAUGCCUUGCCUCCGUCCGCAUACCCAAUGGAAAUCAAACAUAUGGAGGUUGCCACCCCUGUUGGUAGCGGUGGUGGCCCCGGUGAUCUCGAAGAGCUGCCAUUUACGCCAGUCCAUGCACCCAUUAUGCCUGUGGGACCGUACAUGUCAAGUGGCCAUGCAUUGAGUCGAGCAUCAUUUGCGCGUCUGAGCCAAGCGGGGUUCGCUGAUCUUCGAGACAGGAACGGUGAGGUCGCAGAGGUGAUCGACCCCACCGAUCAAAUCAGUCUCAAUCCGCACAAGGAGAGUACGGAUCCUCUACAAUGCAACGAGAUCAUUGUACAACUUCUAGCCUUCUCAAGGGUGCUUAAUUUUCAACAGACAGCACUUCCCAAUUCUCCCAGGACGUUGUUCUUCACUUUCCAGUUUUACAGAUAUCCACCUGUCACAACUGAGAGGAUGCUUCUUGGGGACGUGGAGGGGAACUUGACCGCCGACUCGCAGAGUUUACCGUGCGUGUUGAGGAAGAUGAGUAACGAAGAGGCAAAAACGGAAGAAAUACCCGGCUGGAUGGUUCGCUACAAUGUGGACCCUAGCUUCUUGAAGCCUGGCGAGAAUAAACUCUUCGUCAAGUAUCUGUACCAGCAAACGCUGCACAUUGAUGUAUGGGACGGUGACUCAUUGCUACUCAUCGGCUCAUGCGCGGUUGAACUUAAGCAUCUCCUACGUUGCAGUCGUGAAGCUGUACAGGUGACCCAUGAGCUGGACGUUAUCACAACGGAGUACGGUGAGGACACCAACGUCAUGACUGGGGACUUGGCAAGAAGUGGCAGUGUACGUCCUGUCGGAAUCAGAUCCAUCUUAAAGGGACACCUUCAUCUGAGAUUAGCGAACAUCGGUCAUCCCGUAGACGUGAAGGUCGUCAAGGCAACGACAAUGCAUCCUCAUGAUUCAAAGGUGGUGGUGCAAGAGGACGACAGCGGUGCUUUUCUAGGAGGAAGCGUCAAUCUCAAUUCCAGACCAAGUGGUCUUGGACUGGCUAAUUUGAAGCAGAAGCGUAGCUACGUCGCUUCCCACAUGGCAGCAGCUGAUCGCGACCUCGCGUCAGCCUUGCUUGCGACACGCACGGGACCGAGUGAGAACGCGUCCCCGACAAUGCAGAGGGAAGGCGAUUAUAAGAGACAACGAAAGCUGGCGAGAAUGGAAGCUUUAAGACAAGCGCAGGCUGACGACGCACAGAGAAAGGGACUCAGCCAAAGUUUGCUGUUGAAGAAAGAAGAGAAGGUGCACCGAACCAGAGAUCUGAAGACAAUGGAGCUGUAUCGGGAUCGAACCAAGAAAGAAGGAAUUCUAUCGAUGCUUCAGACAGCUAUUACUACUGAACACACAAUCCAUCCUUCGUUUGGUGAAGCUGAGUUUUGGGAGUAUGUUUUGCGGAAUCCAUACAAUGUACAGCACACCAUUCAUAUAGAAUGGGAUGAUCCAGAAUUGAGCAUCAUCACGGAUCCCAGAGAAUGGAGGCAUUACAAGCAGCUGUUCGAAACCUACACAGCAGUCGAGGAAAACAUGUUCACCGAACAGAACAAAGAAAACGUGAACGGGUCAGGCCUCCAGUUGUUCCUCCGACCCAAAGAGACUGUGAAUAUCCCCUUCAAGUAUCGCAGCUUCAAGGCCAGUCAUUCUGUACAACCCCAGGGACCUCAAGUUACUUCCAAACCGUAUUUUAAGAUGCAGACUUUACCGGAAGAGAAAAAAGUCGAUCUUGCUUUGGAGUCUAGAAAUAUCAAGAUCUACUUCAAGACACAGGACAGCAAACCUAUCGCCAUUCUCUCUCUCAAUGUGGAACCUCAGCCUCAUGUCAUCAAUCAAACGUUCCGAUUCCAUCAUCCUGAGCAAUCCUUCCUAAAAAAGUCCAUCAGGUUGCCGCCAUUCCACUCCAUCGCAGGUAUACAGCAUGGUGUCGGGGCCCUGGGCCAGCUGUUCGUCAAAUGCAGCGAUGAAAACGUCAUCUGUGACACCAAAGCGGUACCGGCUGGCGAACCGCAAGAUGUCUUCCUCAAAGUUGCGUGCGGUCCGUCACCCUCGGUCAAGAAGAUGUUGAUCCUGAUAUACUCCACGCCUUACAUGUCCAAGCCUCUGCAGAUCUGGCAGUUUUACAUCCAUUCACUCCAGCGCGUGGACGUAUCGUGUGUCGAAGGUCAGACCAGCCGACAGUCUCUCAUACUGAGAGGAACGCACGCGUCCAGACAAGUGCAGUGUUUCUCCUCACAUCCCACUGAAAUGCAGAUUCUGCCGUCGGAACCAUUCAUGCUUCUUGCCCAUGCUGUAUACGAGAUCCAUAUUGGAGUGCGCCCGCUAUCGGUCGGCAGCAAAUUCAUGUACAUCAAUGUUGUCGAUAAGGAAUAUCAUCAGCUGAUCCGGUCUUGGCUGGUAUGCGUGCAGUGUCGGCAACCGGUCAUCUCCAAGGCUUUUGAGCUUCAGUUACCAGUUGGUGGCGGAAAAGGUUCCAACAAGCGAAUCACCUACACUAAUCCGUACCAGCAAAGUAAAGAAUUCAACAUUCGAUGUAACAGGGACGAGUUGCUGCAGUUUAAAGAGGGACGAGUUAAGAUUGGAGGUGGUGAGACGUAUGGCCUGGGCUUGCGUUUUGCGCCAUGCCAGCAACCAGGCAUUGCGGAGAUCCUCAUCUUCAUCAAUGACGACCAGGACAACAACGAGGAAACAUUCCAAAUCAGGGCCAUUUAUUCAUAGGGCUAGACCCGCCCCUUAAACGGUCAACCUGAAUUCCCAUACUGUGAUUAAGGAAAACUUGGGCUCAGCUGGGGUAAGACUUGGGCUCAUUGGUAGGGUUUCCAGUCCUGAAAAAAAUCCUGUACAUGAGAUUUAGGUUAUCAUGAGAAUCACAAGAGGGCGCCAUUUUGCCUUACUUGGUGUCUUGAAUAUGCAUGAUUAAUUUCUCAGGUUUUGUCUAUAAACUAUUAACAGGGCUUGCUAUUGGCAAGCAAAUGGCAACUGAUCUGAAAUAAAAACUUUAAUAGGCAUGUGAGGCGCAAUUUGUGGAAUAAAGGUGUUUUUAAGGAAAAACAAUUGGCAUCUUUCUUUUUCACAACUACAAAACAAUAGAAACUUUUAAGGCCUUUUUGUCAGUAUUUUACUUUUUUGACGUGAAUGAGUGCGAACCUUAAACUGCCAAAAUUUGUGGGAGAAUUUUACUCUCUUUCGUAAUAUCUGCAUUUCGUAAUAUCUUCUCAUAUUGCCAGAACGCCUCACAUAUUUUCACUGGACACAAACAUAUUUCUGAUAUUCUAACAAAAGAUAACAGUCUUUAGCAUGAAUGUGUAAGAUGCUAUCGAAUAAUUUAUUACAAAGUGAUGUUUUUUGUAAAUGCCAUUUUAUAUUUUGAGCUGUCCAUACUGGUUGUAAAGUCUUUCAAAUUGCCAUUUUUGAUUAAGAUAAUAUUUGUAAUAAAUUGAUGUCACCAUAUCAGUCA